AUGGCGGCAAAGGCCAUGUGGGAGGUCGAUCCGGAGACUAGGAGCAAGCUUGCAGCGUUGGGCAAAAAGGAGGGCGCCGGCAACGACAAGUGUUGUGACUGCGGCGCCCCUUCACCGCAAUGGGCGUCCCCCAAGUUCUCUACCUUCAUCUGCCUCCAAUGCGCCGGCGUGCACCGUGGACUCGGAGUCCACGUCUCCUUUGUGCGAUCCAUAUCCAUGGACGCAUUUAAACAGGCCGAGAUCCUCCGGAUGCAAUACGGCGGCAACAAGGCCUGGCAAGACUUCUAUAAUAGGAAUAGCCCCUCACUCCCAUUUGAGGAGGCCACGAUAAAAGAACGAUAUGACUGCGAGGUCGGCGAGGAGUGGAAGGAAAGACUGUCUUGUCAAGUGGAGGAAAGAGAGUUUGAUAAAGCCGCCUUCCAAAGAGAAAGACAGGCGAUACUACAGAAGCAGGCAAGCCGUUCAGUUACGCCGGCUGGAGGUGUAAGGAACAGCAGUACCGCCGUAUCAAGCAACAGCCGUCCGGGCAGUCGGACUGCGUCCCCAGCACCCUCCAAAGGAGGACGCAUAACAGGCGAUCAAAAGGCCCAAAAUGAGGCCUACUUUGCGCGCAUGGGCGAGGCAAAUGCCAGCAGACCGGACUCCUUACCACCCAGCCAGGGCGGAAAGUACGGCGGCUUCGGCAGCGCGCCGCCAGAACCCUCGCAGCAGCAGGGUUCAGGCGGGAUCCCCUCCACCGACGACUUCUCUAAGGACCCUGUGGCGGCCAUAACGAAGAGUUUUGGCUGGCUUGGAGGGAUGGUCAGCAAACAGGCUAAGCUGGUGAAUGAUUCCUACAUUCAACCAACGGCCCGAAAUAUCGCCUCCUCAGACUUCGCCACCCAAGCUCAAAAGGCAGCCGCGGCCGCGGGACAGGGCAUCCAGACCGGUGCACGCGGCGCCGCCGAAUCGUUCAACAAAUUCGUCGAAGGCCAGGACGAGAAGGCCGCGGCCGCGGCGUCAUCGAAGCGGGCAGAGCCGGAACGGAAAGACUUCUGGGACAGUUUCGGCCAGGGCGGAGGCGGGGGGAACAGCAGCAUCGGGACGAGUGCGAUGAGGAAGACGACCUCGGGGUCGGCCACGGCCGCGAACCCGCCGCGGAAGGGUAAGGAAGACGGCUGGGGCGACGACUGGUAG